CUCGUACAGCGACAGCCUGUAAUUCGCCUAAUAUACCGUCCGUUCCUGUUUGUGGUAUACUCCAUGUCUCCCCCUCCCACCCGUGCACGCCAAUCUUCUGAAUCUGAACCGAGCAGUGCUAACAAACGGGCACGCAUCACUCGACAUGCUUGCGAGCGAUGCAGGGCAGGCAAAAAGAAAUGUGACGGUCAGCUUCCUUGCUCGGCCUGUACACUGUCCAAAAAAGAAUGCAUUUUUUCAGCCCAAAGACGAAGACUUAGGAUCCCGGUUCCUAAUCUCAUCGAUAACCCUACUAAUUCUUCCACACCUUCUCGCCAUAUUCGUGAUCAAGGACAGUAUCAAUCUCCUAUAAUGUUCCCCUCAAUUGCCAGUUCUUCCGAAAGCUAUGAGCGACAGUCACGAUACAAUUCGCCUUCACGACAGCACACCGCGGGACAUGAUGGCUCACAUACCAACGAUAUGUCUAUGGGCAUAGCGGUCGAGGUUGAAGGAGCGUCGGAGGUUCGUGCCCGCGACCACGAUCGAGAAGAUGGACGCGAGGACAGACAAGGUCACGAAGUACACAGCCAAAAUCAUGAACAUACGCUAGCCCGUAUAGCACACGUUAUGGCGAAUGGGACUGUUUCCAGAUAUCCGUCUCCAGGUUUAACAAUACUUUCUCCUGCAGAUGGCAGGCCGAUUGUGGCUAGGGAAACAGAUAUCUCGGCCAAGGGUGAUUUGCUUGACAGGCUUCAUCGCCACCUCACAGUGGUGUUUUCUUUACGAUCUUUCCCCAAAGGCCAUUUAGGCGAAGAAUUGAAAGAUGAGAAUGACAACAAAACAAGGGGGGCAGGCGAACUAUUCUUUCUCCCCUCUUGCGAGGACGGCAAAGCAUACAUAAGAUGCUACUUUGAACACGCAACUUCAACGUACAGAUAUUUAGAUCGACGGAAUAUCGAGCAACUGACAGAUGACUUUUACGCAUCGAAUGGGUCCCUGUCCCAGAAGGACGAUGUGGUGCUCCUACUGCUGCUGAUGGCUAUUGGAUGUCUGUGGACUCCUUCAUGGACUGGGGCAGACCCACAAAUGAUGACCCAAAAAGCUCUUCAAUUACUCCGAGCCGCUCAGCGGCAACUGGAGACUUUAUCCCUAUCCCAGCCCCGAUUACGAAUGGUACAAGUUCAUAUUGCACUAUGUCAUCUCUAUCUCGGAAUGUCCCAUUUUCGCUCAGCCUGGCUUGCCUUUGGUACCGCCGCUCGACUUAGUCAGCUUCUCAGGUUACAUCGCAAGAGCCCCGAUGGUACUCCCCAAGAAUUGGAUGAACCGCGUCGACAGGCGUUUUGGAGCGGCUACAUGAUGGAUAGAUAUUUGUCGCUAGUACUUGGAUGUCCGGUGAUUUACGAUGAGAGGGACAUAACACAACGCUUUCCCAGCUAUCCGGACAGCGGAGACCAUUCGGUUGAUACGCAGGAUGAGGCCCAACGUUUGGCUGGAUCAAUAGCACAUAUCAAACUGUCGCAAAUUUUGGGCCAUGCUCUCCGAAAACUCCAAUCACCAGGUGAACUAUCAGAUCUGGAACGUUCCCUAGCCGUACAGUCUCUGAAUCAAGAACUCGACCGCUGGUUAGCUGAAACACCUCGCUUUUUCCACCCCGAUGGGCCUGAUACAUACGACCUCGGUCCAUUUGCUAGCGUACCGCCAUUCUUCCAACGCCAGCAACAGAUUGUACGCUCAGCGUAUCACUUUAUUAAUCUUUUUAUCCAUCGCUCUUUCCUACUCGAUCAAUUCAUCAACCGUAUCCCCGCCAGUCAACCCCUCCCACCUCUUACUGUCAUGUCGCCGGAGGUUACCGUAUGCGUCGAGUCAGCAAUCAGUAUUGCCAAAUCCGUCUCGAAAAUGAGGGACAGUCCAGGUGCCAAAGGAACGUUCUGGAAUUCUGCAUACUUUUGCUUUGCAAGUCUCACGGUGCUUUUAGUCUAUCUAAUGGUAUACGAAGAUGCCCCAAGACGGGCAGAAAUCGAGAGUAUGAUUGAAGCGGCGAUGGAAGGGCAUAUUCAACUUACUGGGUCAACGAGGAGGGAACGCGAACAAAUCCUUGAAGAAUCAAAACGUAUAUCAGAACUACUCCGCCGCCGCCAAGAAGAACCUGAGGCAGCUGGCUCUAAAUCUCAAUACAUACCGCCGCCGUGGCCAGGGAUGGAGGAUCCUUUCCUUGGGAGUGCGCCUAAUUGGGAUCCCCUAUGGCAGAAUACUCUUGACAUGCUUGGCUUGGACACAAGUAUGGGCUUGGGUUUGCCAUUGGGAAUGGGCAUGAUUGAGGAGGGAGGAGUCAAUGCGGCUACAAGUUCUGGUGCUUUUGGAUUUUUAUGAAGGAUUUUAUGACUUUAUAAUACACUAUAAUACAUUUAUAUAAAUUGCAUGUA